AAACAUUCAUGUCCUCAAGUCGAACAACCCUCCACUGAAAUUUCAGUUCUUUCGAUUUGGGCAUCUCCUUGAACCAAGACACAAUAUGCAGAGGUCUCCACCAGAAGGGUUUUUGUUUAAGGAGCCCAAUCCCCAUCUCGGAGGGGAAAAGGUCACCGGUGACAAGCACAAAAGCGCCUAUGACCUCGUUCACCAGAUGCCGUAUCUCUAUGUACGCGUUGUCAAGGCCAAGGACUUACCGGAAAAAGAUAUCGGCGGUAGUUGUGAUCCUUACGUGGAGGUGAGCCUUAGAAACCGCAAGGGUUCAACUCGGGAUCUUAAGAAGGAGUCGAAUUGUAAGUGGAACCAGAUAUUUGCUUUCUCGGGAGAGCAGAUUCAGUCUUCGGAGCUUCAGGUUACUGUGAAGGAUAAGAAUUUUCCAGAGGCUCUAGAUGCUUUCAUCGGUCGGGUUUUGUUUAAUGUGAUUGAGGUUCCGAGGAGGGUUCCUCCGGAUAGUCCAGUGGCGCCUGAGUGGUAUGAAAUGGUGGGUAAGAAGGGGGAGAAGGCUAAGGGGAAGCUGAAGUUGGCUCUUUGGAUGGGUACACAAGCCGAUGAAGAAUUUCGUGAAGGAUGGAAAUCAGAUUCAGCUGGAUUUGGGGGAAGUUAUUGUCUUGCUAGCAUGCCUUCAAAGGUAUACCUGCAUCCUAAACUUUGGUACUUGAGUGUCAAUGUAAUUGAAGCUCAGAACCUGCGACUGAGUGAUGAGGGUUGGUUCCCGAGAUUUUUUGUGAGGGCUAUCCUUGGAAAUCAGCAGAUGAUAACCAGUGUUUCUCAAAGCAGGACUAUUAAUCCUAAAUGGAACGAGGAUUUAAUGUUUGUAGCAGAGGAACAAUUUGAGGAGUACUUGAUUUUGAGUGUAGAAAACAGAGUUGCAUUUAAGAACGAUGAAGUUGUGGGGACGUGUAGAAUUCCCUUGCAGCGUGUUGAUAGGAGGUUGGAUAAUAAACCUGUGAACCCCGAGUGGUAUAAUCUUCAAAAGAAUGUCGUUGCUGGAGAGGAACAAAAGGAAACCAAAUUUUCCAGCAGGAUUCAUAUGAGGAUCUGCUUGGAAGGUGGUUAUCACGUCCUGGACGAAUCAACGCACCAUAUCAGUGACCUUCGUCCGACGGUAAAACAGUUGUGGAAGUCCAGCAUUGGGGUACUGGAACUCGGAAUUCUAAAUGCUCAGGGGCUGAUGCCGAUGAAGACAAAAGAUGGUCGUGGAACAACAGAUGCCUAUUGUGUGGCAAAGUAUGGUCACAAGUGGGUCAGGACAAGGACGAUUAUUGACAGUUUGAGACCCAAGUGGAAUGAGCAAUAUGCCUGGGAGGUAUUUGAUCCUUGUACAGUCGUAACAAUUGGGGUGUUUGAUAACUGUCAUUUGCAUGGAGGAGAUGGUAAGUAUGGAAGGGCAAGGGAUUCAAGAAUUGGGAAGGUAAGGAUUCGUCUCUCCACCCUUGAAACCGAUCGGGUUUAUACACACUCAUAUCCUCUUUUGGUUCUACACCCCAAUGGGGUGAAGAAGAUGGGUGAAAUUCAUUUGGCUGUGAGGUUCACUUGCUCCUCUUUGCUUAAUAUGAUGCACAUGUAUUCACAUCCAAUUUUGCCCAAAAUGCACUAUCUUCAUCCAUUAACCGUUAGCCAGCUUGAUAAAUUGAGACAUCAUGCAACUCAAAUCGUAUCGAUGAGGUUGAGCCGGGCUGAGCCACCGCUGAGGAAAGAGGUGGUUGAGUAUAUGUUGGAUGUUGACGGGAACAUUUGGAGUUUGAGAAAGAGCAAAGCAAACUUUAUCAGGCUUAUGGCAGUUUUGGGUGGGUUAAUGGCUCUGCCAGAAUGGUUUGAUCAGAUUUGCAACUGGAAAAACCCCAUCACAACUUUAUUGAUUCACGUGUUGUUUAUCGCAUUGAUCAGGUACCCUGAGCACAUCCUUCCCAUAAUUUUCCUCUACCUUUUCUUGGUUGUGGUUUUGCGUUAUAGGAGGCGGCCAAGAUGUCCACCUCACUUGGACACUCGCCUUUCUCAAGUCGAUACUACACAUCCUGAUGAACUUGACGAACUUGACGAAGAAUUUGAUACAUAUCCAUCUUCCCGGCCUUCCGACAUUGUAAGUAUGAGAUAUGAUCGGUUGAGAAGUAUUGCUGGGAGGAUUCAGACCAAGGUUGGUGACUUAGCUGUUCAAGCAGAGAGGCUACAAACUCUACUGAGCUGGCGAGAUCCAAGAGCAACAGCUCUGUUUGUAAUUUUCUGUCCGGUUGGUGCUAUUGUUCUCUUUGUUAUACCAUUCCAAGUUGUGGCCCUUCUCGCUGGAUUUUUUAAGUUGAGACAUCCAAGGUUUCGACAGAAGCUUCCUUCAGUGCUAGUGAAUUUUUUCAGGAGGUUGCCGGCCCAAACAGACUGCAUGUUGUGAGCAAACGUCCAAAUUAUUGGUUGCAAUUGCUUGUGAGUGGAGUGGCGAUGAGUUACCCCUCUGGUUUUAUGUUAGUGCGGAGAAGAUGAAGAAACAGAUGGAGCUUAUCUGCUAGUUUCUAUGUUUUGAGCUUGAUGUCGAGCUCUGUGUAACCUGCCUUGAAGGUACUAGAUUUGUUGAUUUGCAUCUUAAGCGAUGCCAUCAUUUCUUUUGAGGCUUGACUUCAUGGUAAUCACCUUUGCUCAUCUCGAGGUUUUUAGGUUGUAAGUUUGCAUUAAAGAAAUUAAUGUUGUUGUUGUUGUGCUGAA